AUGGCACGUCUUCGACGAUGCCUGUUUGUAGCAUUUAAUCUCAUUGUGUUAUCUUAUCAGAAAGACCCCAUCGUUGACUUCUGCCGACGAUGGGGUCACCAAACGGCACAGGUCAACGGGAGGUUGUACAUUGAUGGCGGUAUGGUAGAUUGGAGCCCGGGGGACGCGAACUACACAAAUACAGCAUUAGUGUUCAGCGAUCUCAAUUCUUCGACUCCAGGACUCGGCCAACCGUACCAAUACGCAAACCUCUCCAAGCCUGCUGAGAUACCGAGUGUCUCUGGCGGCAUCCUUUGGCCCGACGAAGUCAACAAGUGUUUCUACCAAUUUGGCGGAGCAUUCACAAACGGGACGCCCAGCGAAGAUCGCAUGUGGACCUACGACGUACUCCUCGACCAGUGGAACCAGACCAACCCCAAGAAUACUGGUGUCUCCCCCACACAGCGAGUAGCUUAUGGCGCAGGCACACAUAUCGAGAGUCUGGGCUUAGGAUUCUACUUCGGGGGCUGGAAGAGCAAUCAGACUGACGCGGACUGGACUGGCAGUGCAAUCGCAACGGCCGACCUUGUUCGCUUCGAGUACAACACCGGGUUUUUGUCCAACAAUAGUGGGCCUGACGACAAUGUGGGAAGAGCGGAGGGCCAGAUGGUCUACUUGCCAGUAUCAGACAGUGGUCUGCUCGUAUACUUUGGUGGCAUUGAAGAUCAACAUCAGAAUGGCACUGCCUCACCAGCAAACAUGAGUAACAUCCAUAUGUAUGACAUCCAAUCGUCAAAAUGGUACCGUCAAACUGCCACCGGCAACGUUCCAAACGCGCGCCGGCAGUUCUGCGCAGGCGUCACUUGGGCUGAUGACCAGUCUUCAUACAACAUUUACCUGUAUGGUGGUUACGGUUUUGGAGGCACGCUUGGCUAUGAUGAUGCCUAUAUCCUUUCGCUUCCGUCGUUCACGUGGAUCAAGGCGUUUCCUACCGACAACAGUACCGGAGCGUACCCUCACGGGGGCUGCAGUGCGAACGUAGUCACCAGAGAUCAGAUGAUUAUCAUUGGGGGAUGGUUUCCAGAAUCUGACCAGUGCGACUCACCCCAGGUACAAGGGCAACACGGCAUGAAUCUUGGCUAUAACGGCGAAAAGAAAGCCUUGUGGGACAAGUAUGAUCCGAAGCUCUCCACUUACUUUGUGCCGACACCUGUCAUAUCUGCUAUUGGAGGAGGGCCUACUGGCGGAGCCACUGUAACGGCCCCGUCCUCCUGGGACAAUCCUGAUCUAGCCGUGUACUACACCCUCAAGGCUCCAUCUGUCUCACGGACAGCGACGCGCGCCCUGCCUUCGAGCACUGGUACUUCUUCUGGAGGUUCGAACAAGAGCAAGGUGGGCGCAAUUGCCGGUGGUGUCGUCGGAGGUCUUGCUGCGCUCAUCGCUAUAUUAUGUCUCAUACUGUUCUGCCUACAUCGCAAAAAGAAGUCAAAGAAAGAGAGGGGAGAACAGCCGGCUGAACUACCACCUCCAGUCGAACUCGGUGUCACUACUCCACCACAAGAGAUGCCAACGCCUGGAAUGGGCAAGUACAUGUCUUUGCACCAGCAUCAAGAGCAGUACUCCCCUUACUCCGGUGUGACGUCUUUGCACUCUCCGCACUCCGUGCAUGCCCAGCAGUCAUCGGUAUCUGCAUCGCCGCCGCAUGCAACUCCCUAUGGCUCUCCGCACGAUGCCACCUACGCACAGCCAGCAUAUCCGCAGACAACACAUGCUCGAUCUCCGUCUUGGGAGCACGCCCAGAUUUCGACUAUGGACACACGGUAUUCACAACAGAGCCACCCUUCGCCAACGUCACCCUCUCAUCCUUCAUAUGCUCCACCACAGGAGGCACAGCUCUACUACCCGCCACCUCGAGAGCCGACGUACCAAAAACCUGUGGUCUCUCCAGGGACUAAUGCUGGCUACGAACCUGUGCAGUAUCAGGACAAUGUGUCUUCAUCACUAUCACCACCACCGGUCAGCACGAUGCCAACGCCUACACAGUUCUACGCACGACCAGCUCCGGUUCCUGGUGAUGCGGAGUCAGGGUAUACACAGCUGCCGACCGAGGAAGGGAGGUAUGGUGACAGCUUGGAGCCACAGAGGCGGCCGAAGUACGGGCGAUUUGUCGAAGUCAAUCAUACAUAGAAUCAUGGGGUACAUAGAGGCGUUUUGGUGUUUGCGGCACCCAUAUGGGGGUUCUUUUUGCGCGAUGUCGACUGAUACCUAGCGCUCUAUCAUGAAUGUAGAUACAAACUGGAGUGAAAAGCAUUAGUAAUACUGUG